AUGGAGUUAUACGAUGAGGUUGUUGAAGUAAAGAAGAAGCCACGGGGAGAAGGUGGUCGGCCGAAUGUCGAGAGAAUUGCCCAAGCAAAAGCGGUAGUCGAGCAAAUUGAUGACUCAGAACGAACCACCACUAUACGUCCAUCGAGCUCAUUGCCUCGGAAGAGUAACAAACCCGCUGGAAGGAUAUCAUCCGAGAGUGAGAGUAGCGAUUCUGCCACAGAAGAUGGAAAGGCAAUUGUUGAUGGCUUUGACUACCGACAGUGGGAAAGUUUGGAUGUUCCGUCUGAAAUUAAGGAUUUAUAUCAAUAUAUUGCGAGAUAUUCAGCGCCAAAAUACGAAAUGAAGUAUCAGCUCAUGCCAUUCAUACCCGACUACAUUCCGGCCGUCGGCGAUAUUGAUGCAUUUUUGAAAGUCAUCCCACCAGAACCAUUCACAAAGGACAGCAAACUGCCUGAAUUCAUUUCGACACUGGGCUUGGAAGUUCUCGAUGAGCCGUGUGGAGAUCAAAGUGACCCAGCGCUACUGCACAUGAAACUAAGAGCUGCUUCAACGACCAGCAAUCGUGCACCGGCUCCACCGCCGUCUAUUGCAAAAACACCAAAAGAUGUGGAGAAAUGGAUAUCUGAAGUACAAGCAUUGCAUGCGGAACAACCGUAUCCAAUGGUAACAAACAGCCGACCCUUACCUGACAUCGACGCUCUAAUGACAGAAUGGCCCAGCAAAAUGGAACAUGUUCUCAACUCCGUUGGAUUUCCCAGUGCACAAUUGGAUUGCUCGCUGAAAUUCUAUAUCGAAUUGAUGUGCGGUCUGCUUGACAUUCCCUUACCUCCGACAAACAGCCAAGUUGACUAUUUAUUUGCACUCAAUACAUUGUUCAAUUUGUAUUUGGCUGUAAAGAACCCAAUGGAAUAAUACAUUUUCGUCUUAUUGGUCAAUUUAUUACCUGAAAUAAAAUGUACCCUCU